AUGCUACAGGCUGAUACGGAAUCAUUUCCGAUUCCCGUUUGCAUCGCAGUAUUCCAAAAUGUGGCGGUGAGCUGGGCCUUGGCGAGUGGCUUCCACUGACUGCCGGUUUGAGUCUCACUCCUGCCAUCACACGCAUCAUCACGGAACCUGGCAAACGACUGCCUCAUCUCGGAAUUGCUGGUCAAUUUUUCGCAACAUGUGUUGUUGCCGGCAAGGCAUCGUGUCCAGGCUUUCACUCUGCGUCUGACGCAUCUUUCGAACAGCAGGUCACAGCAGCCUCAUCAUCAACAGCUUGCUCUGGACCACGGAUUUGAGUGCAUGUUGACGUACAAUAUUGGAAUCAAUACAUGAGCAGCUGCCGAGAUCUGUUGUUUGACCAGUUCUGCCCUACACAACAUUCACCACACGUAAAUAUGGCGGGGACCAUGGAACUCCUGGACUGUCCCCUCUGUGACUUCACAGUCCGACCAACCGAUAACUACAUCCUUCAAUUACAUUUUGAGCAAGUGCAUACAGAGGACUCUCCUUUUGUGGUCAAAGACGACCCCGAGCCGUUACCUCCUUCGCGUGGCUCAUCCUCCAAACGCAAGCACACGCAAGACACGACUUCCUCAGACAAGGAGGAAGGUACAGUCGCGUGUCCUGAGCCUGAUUGCGGUGAGGUGGUCUUGCUUGACGACUAUAACGAUCACCUUGAUCUACACGCCGCAGAAACGUUAUCAUUUGACGAGUCCACCAGAGAGUAUCACUCUCAUCAUUCAUCGAGCAAUAUGCAUAAAUCAGCCGCUAAGCACAAUUCCCACAGGCGGCCUUCGAAAGCCGCCUCGUCAGACUAUCGAUACGAUACAGACUCACUGGACAGCGCGAGGAAGAGCAGCAGCCAUGACAAGAAAAAGCAUCAUCGCGGUAGAAGGGGCACAGACAGCAGCGAGAAGAGCACACUAGCUCGGAGCAUCCUGAGCUUCAACCCGUUCAAGCUGGACAAGUCAGUGAAGCCGCCCAACAAGAGCGCUCGUCUCGGAAAAUCAGAACUUGGUCCUCAUGCCUGGGAGGACCAUAUGCCGAAGUGGCUUCACGAUCAACUCGCAGCUGGUCCUAAGAUUACCGUUGUCAAUCGCAUCGGCCGCGAUGGUCGCCUCAUCAAGCAGGAACAAGUGCAGAACGAGACGGCUGGCGUUAUUCCUAUUCUUGCUCAGCUAUCAGCCUUGGACCGCACCGUCAAAGAGGCGUACUACUGCCACCCAUCCACACUUCAUGUCGGCAAGACUCCAAACGAAGGCAGUUUCUGCGGAUACAGAAACAUCCAGAUGCUCAUAUCUUACAUACAGGGCGCGAAAGCACAGGGCCAUGAAGAAUUCUCUGGCCGAAUGCCCGGCAUUCUCAAGCUGCAAGAGCUCAUUGAGAGUGCUUGGGACAAAGGCAUCAACCACAUUGGCAGAGUCCAGACUGGGGGGAUUCAGGAUACCAGGAAGUACAUCGGCACGCCCGAGGCACAAGCUCUCUUCCUCAGCUCUGAAAUCAACUGCGCUGUCGAGAUGUUCGGCGACCAAGACACCUCACAAGGCAAGGUCCAGGCCCAUGAUCUACUUCUUCUUGCGGUCGAACGGUAUUUCGCUCAAGCUGCCACCAGCGAUGGAUCAAGUGUGCACAAGACCCUUCUACCACCCAUAUACCUCCAGCGACCUGGGCAUUCUAUCACGAUCGUCGGCUUUGAGCGUCGCAGUGAAAGCUACUGCAAUCUCGUUGUGCUCGACCCUGUCUAUGCAACAAGUCCAGCUAUGCAUAAGCUGAUCGGCCGGAAGAACAUCAAGAGCUCACGUCCCGAGGUCAUGCAUGCAUAUCGAAGAGGUCCGGCGAAUCUUAGAAAGUUCGCUGCUUUCGAGAUUCUGAUGCUUACCGCGACACCACCUUUGUUCCCGGCAUGGGAUGUAUGACCUCCAUGACAGAUCUCCACCACUCAUAUACCUAAAUACCCAGAUGCCAUAUCGACUACAUACCACUUCAAUCUCUGUUCGAUCCGUG